AGACACAGUUGCGUGAUCGUUAGUGUAUCAUGUUUGCUAAGGAGUUGCACUGCGAAUAAUUGGUGUUAUAUUCUGCAGUUAAUUUCGCAUAAUUGCGAUUUUUCCCACCUGUUUUGACAUUUUUUUCUGCUGCUACGCGGUAAUAGUCGGAGCUCGGAGGGCGCUCCGUGCUUUCCAAGCCUGAAAUAAUCGCUGUCAGGACUACUGUGUUGUUGAUGUCAUCCGCGGCAGAGCUGUAGCGACCUUCAAUUUCUAGGCAAAGACCGGGAUAAACAAAGACUGUUUUUUGGGUGUUUUUCCCCGUCUAUGUUUUGAUUUCUUUGCAAGAGACACCAGCAACAAGGAUGGGACUUUUGCUGCGCUGUAUCCUGCUGUUGUUCUUUUUAACUUUCACAGCCGGCUUAGAUGUUCAGCAGGAAUACAUACCCGACGGACAGUCGGUUUUUGUGAAGCAUUUAAACAUUGAAGAGAAAGCUAGGAGCAUCGUAAAGAGGUCUCUGCCUGCAUGGCUGGCUGCAUCACCAAAUCACAAGAUAAAACGAAGAAGCGCCGAGCAGGGCGACUCCUGCAAAGCUCUAAAAGGAUAUGACACCAAGUUAGCAGACAACACCCACAGUUACACGUUCAACGACCUGAGUGGGUCAGUGUCGCUGGCCUGGGUUGGAGACGGUACAGGGGUCAUCCUGGCUUUGACGACUUUUCAGGUGCCCUUCUUCAUGAUAAGACUCGGGCAGUCCAAACUCUAUCGAAGUGAGAACUACGGGAAGUCAUUCGAUGACGUGACCAACCUCAUCAACAACACCUUCAUCAGAUCAGAGUUUGGCAUUGCCAUUGGGAACUCUGGGAAAGUGAUCCUGACAGGAGAGGUGUCUGGAGGUCAAGGGUCUCGGAUCUUUGUCUCAGAUGACUUUGGAAAGAGUUUCACACCCCGGGACCUGCCCUUCAUCCCCCUGAUGCAGAUCACAUACAAUCCUGAGGAUUCCAAUGUGCUGCUGGUCCUCAGCAACAGCAAUGAACUGUGGCUGUCUGAAGACUUUGGCAGCAGCUGGAAGAAGCUCCACGACAUGGUGUGUCUCGUGAAAUGGGGAAGAAAAAAUACAAUCUUCUUUACAGCCAGCCACAACGGAUCCUGCACCGAUCGGGGAAUGCUUGAGCUUAAGAGGACGACAGACUACGGUAAAACUAUCAAGACGGUUGCCAGUAAGAUCUACUCCUUCGGCCUGGGUGGACGUUUCCUCUUUGCCUCUGUGAUGACGGGCAAGGGCACUCUGAGGAUGAUCCACGUGUCAGUGGACCACGGGGAGACGUGGAACAUGGCCCAGCUGCCGCCUGUUGGUCACGAGCAGUUCUAUUCCAUCUUGGCAGCGAAUGAUGAAAUGGUCUUUAUGCACGUUGAUGAGCCAGGAGAUACAGGAUUUGGGACCAUUUAUGUAUCAGAUGACCGGGGGACUGUGUACUCCAAGUCACUGGAGCGCCACCUCUACACCACCACGGGAGGCGACACAGACUUCACCAACGUCACCUCCCUGAGAGGAGUUUUCAUCACCAGCGUUCUGGCUGAAGAUAACUCGGUGCAGUCUGUGGUGUCCUUCGAUCAGGGAGGGGAGUGGGUUUCCCUGCGGAAACCUGCCAACAGCAAGUGUGAUGUUACAGCCAAAGACCCAGAUGAGUGCAGCCUGCACAUCCACGCAGCCUACAGUACUGCUAUGAAGCUGAACGUCCCCAUGCUGCCUCUGUCUGAACCAAAUGCUGUGGGGCUAAUUUUAGCUCACGGGAGUGUUGGUGAUGCCAUUUCCGUGAUGAAGCCUGACGUGUAUGUGUCUGAUGACGGGGGCUACUCCUGGAUAAAGGCCCUCAACGGGCCCCAUCACUACGCUAUUCUGGACUCUGGAGGGCUGCUGGUGGCUGUGGAGCACAACCCCACUCAACCCAUCAACAAGCUCAAAUUUUCUACUGAUGAAGGACAGUGCUGGGAGGUUUACACCUUCACCAAAGAGCCCAUCUUCUUCACGGGGCUGGCAUCAGAGCCGGGAGCUCGCUCCAUGAACGUCAGUAUCUGGGGCUACAGGGACUCCCUCCUCAGCCAGUACUGGAUCUCCAUCACCAUAGACUUCAGGGAUCUGCUCACCAGAGACUGUGCUGACAAGGACUACGUGCAGUGGUUGGCCCAUUCCGAUGACAUCAGCGACCCCAACGACGGCUGCAUGCUGGGCUACAAAGAGAAGUUCCUGCGGCUCAGGAAGGACUCUGUUUGCUGGAACGGACGGGAUUACGAGGUGAACACCCAGCCAACCCCGUGUCCGUGCACCCUGGAUGACUUUCUGUGUGACUUUGGAUACUACCGUCGUGAGAACAGCUCAGAGUGUGUGGAGCAGCCGGACCUGAAAGGAAAAGUUCUGGAGUUCUGUCUGCACGGCAAGGAGGAACAGCUGCAGACCAGUGGCUAUAGGAAAAUCCCUGGAGAUAAAUGUGAGGGAGGAAAAAUGCCCGAACGCAAAGAGAUCGACCUCAGUAAGAGGUGUGUGAGUGACCUGGUGGGCCCUGAACUUCUGGUAGACAGUCGCUCCUCCAAGUCUGUACCCAUUGUGAUAGCAGUGAUCGUCAUCAUGCUGCUGAGCAUUGCAGCCGGAGUUGUCUUUGUCAAGAAAUAUGUCUGCGGUGGCAGGUUCUUGGUCCACAGGUACUCUGUGCUGCAGCAGCACGUCGAGGACAACGCUGCUGAGGGGAUGGACGACCCGCUGGAAACAAACCACACUCAGAAUGGCAAGAUAGAGUUUCAUGACGACUCAGAUGAGGACCUGCUGGAAUAGCAGGCACAGCCUGUCAUGCAACUGAGCAACAGGUUUUCAGCUCUCCCCGCAGCCGGCUGCUGCUCCUGUCACUCUUUUGUCUCCAGCUACUUCUUCCUUUCACCUUCUAGUAUGAAGUUUAGCCUCAGCUACCAGACGACGAGUCUGCGUCACUCUGCUGCCAUCUACGAAGUAUAAUGAAUGUACGGAGGCUUCCUGGGACUAAUGAGGAGGAAGGACGUCUUGUAGUGUUGUGCUUCAGUUAUUGAUUCCUUUGAAUGAGUUUGAAUUGAAUUGAGUCUUUAUUUAUUUUGGGGAAUGAAGAACUGCUGUCAGAGGCAGAGUAAUGGGUUUUGAAGCAAAGCUAGUUGUAUAAAUCCACCGCCAUUGGUUGCAUUACGGGUCCCGCCUCUCCCAUCACCUGGGAGUGCUCCUGGAAAAAUACUUCUCACUUCUGUUGAAGAGUUGUGUUCUUUUUCUCAUGCACUUGUACAUAAACCUGUUUUUCUUUGCCAUUUUUGACGUGGUAUCAACUUGGUAGGUGUUUAAAAAAAAAAGUUGCUGUUGGUUAAUAACUCCCCCGAACCACUUGAGUCUUAAUCCCUACUUUUAACAAAGUAUUUAAAUAGUGUGCCCCGAACAGCCAAGAGUAUGUAAAUGUGAGGUUGUAGUCUGUAUUUGGAAUACAAACCAGCAUAAUUUUACUCCAAGUGGAAAUGUCCAUUUGCAAUAGGUUUGACAGCAAUAACAAUGUUUAGAUUCAGCAUAUUGUCCAUGCACGUUAAAUAAUCCUAUUGGCACAAUAUCAAUAAUGUAUCCAGCUGCUCCGUUUCAUGAAUGGAGAUGUCAUGGUGUGAAAUAAUUACGCAUCAAUGUGUAGGAAGGUAAAGUGUCUGUUUCAAGACAGGAUGUGUUCAAAAAUGUGUCUGCAGUUCUGACUGCCUAAAGCACAAGGUCCUUUGUAUGCUUAGAGUUUGUAGUUAAACAUUUUUCCUAAAUGUGAUAAAACUGUAAUAAUCACUGUAGUCACAUACAAGUCAUGUUUCUAAUCAUUUGAGCCGUUUUUGUACUAAUCGACUUUUAAUCUUGUGUGUCAAAUUGUGGUUCAAAGACAAAUGACAGAAAUAAUUAUAGUUUGAUAGUAAAUAUCUACAGAUAUUUUUUACAUCAGAUUCAGAUUACAUCAACAUGAUUUGGCAACAGAAUCACGGGAGCAAUAAGAGAAAAACUAUUCAAUUAUGUAAAUCUUGUAUAGCAUAAUUAACACUGUAGCCUAUUAGCGUUAACAGACUUGGUUGUUGGACUGUUUUGUUUUUUUAAAUUGGUAUUUUCAUCUGAGGUUUUUUUCUUUUAAUCAUCCUAAUACUGCUGUGAUUUUGAAGCCAAUCUGGAUUAGCUGAUGCCUCUCAACAGAUCUGUCCUGUCAUCAUGUUAAGUCUUACAGGGUGUUUAUUUGUCUUCUUUGUUGCACAAUUAUUUGUCUGUGUCGUGUUAAAUAUGUUGCUUUCAUGCAGGUUUUUAUUUAUUUGACUUGCAGGUUCUGAGUGCAGUUAAUUGGAUGUGGUUAUACAAGUGCCUGUUGUGAGGACAUGAUGUGAGGCCCUCACAAUGUGUGGCCAGCAUCUAUUUACGAAUUCUUAUUUAUAUCAGCUAAUGUGUAACCAACUUCAUCCUGUAUGUCAGUGGCACCCCGAAGUUGCACUUGUUGCCUAAGAUGAAUCCCUGAGCAGUGAUGUACAUGUGUGUUUCAUAAGAGCUCCCAUUGAACUGCAUGUUAACUCUCAAUAUUUAAAUCCACAGCUUUGUAAAGAAAGUAGCCCACAAUAACCUGGUUAUUCUCUCUCAUGUCCUGGAUUGAUUCAUAAGUGAAACUUUAAAAAACACAGAGUGGAUACAGGGUUAUUAUGUAGCUGCUAUACACUGGGAGACACUUGGCGAGUUAUUUUAUGAUGGUUUGUUUGCAUUUAGUGAAGGUAACACAUUUUUCCUUACAGUUUAAAACUGCUGUAUAAAUUAAUAAAUCAUUGUGAUGGUUCUGUAAAUAUACAAGGUUACAUCUUUGUAUCUGCUAUGUUUCUCUCUUCUGUAUAUUUGAGGCAAUUUUCUUUGGGUUUGCCAAUAAAUUCAUAUGUUCCUCUA